GCUAUGGCUGAAAAAUAGUUUGUGGGAUACCCUUCAACCUGGUCAGUUAAGUUAGUACGCAAAAAACACUAUUUGCUUUCUGUUACUUGAGGGAGUUGAAAGAUUUAUGAAAGAAAACUGACUGCUUAAAUGACGUCAAUUUGUAUGCAGCUCACUAGAACAAAAACUACGAUAUGGAGUAACAAUUUUAAAUGUCAGCUUUACAGUGACGAGACGUCAGUUUGCACCACACGCUAUUUGUUCAGGGUGGAAUUUAGUUACAAACUUUGCAUUUCAUAUAAUUACUAUAAAAAAGUUUAAAACCGUCUAAAUUGUUGCGUGAACUCCUUUGAUACUAUAAAUACAAACACACACACAAAGAUGAACAACUCCUAACAAUCAAUGAAAUUGCUACUUUUAGUACAUACAACUUCGUUGCCACUUGUUUGUUCCGGCGCCUUAUUAUGACAACUAGAGUUAAGGUUGUUUUGAGGAAUGGCUUGCAUUUAGAAAUACCGGCGGGAUAAUAACAUUUGAGGGUGGAUAUUCGUUUUUGUGUGUUUAUUUAAUGAACGGAAAACUGAAAGCAGUAAAAGUUAACAUUGAUUGACAGUUUAAUGCCUGGUUCGCUACUGUAGAAUAGAAAUUAAACUUCUAACCCUUUCUUUUUUUUGCUAGAGGUUUAGACAAGAAGUAAAAUAUGUCAAGAUUUAGGCGAGGUGGGAAAAUUGUAGAUAGGACAGGGUUUAGAAAUGAAAAGGAAGAGUCCGGUAUUCCACAGGGUCUCAUUAAAACAGCGAGGAAGAGUGGACAACUCAAUUUAUCAAAUAAAGGAUUAACCGAAGUUCCCCAGUGUGUGUGGCGAAUAAACCUCGAUACACCAGAAGAAGCUCAUCAGAACCUCUCUUUCGAUGCAGCUGAUCGUUGGUGGGAGCAGACAGAUUUGACCAAACUGAUUCUUGCUUCAAACAGACUUCAUUGCUUGUCAGAGGACAUAAAACUACUGCCAGCUCUCACUGUACUUGAUGUUCAUGACAACCAACUGACUUCACUCCCUCAUGCCAUCGGAACCCUUGACAAUCUUCAGAAGCUUCAUGCCAGCCAUAACAAAUUAAAAGAGUUACCUGAAGAGAUUUGGAGUUUAAGAAAGCUUAAGACCCUUUAUCUUCAGCACAAUGAAUUGGAAAGCAUUCCUGAGGGAAUUGAAAAUCUUACUUACUUAGAGGAAUUGGAACUUUCAAAUAAUCAGCUCGUUCAGAUUCCUGGUAGCUUUGGGAAACUGACUAAUUUGGUGAAGUUGAACCUUUCCAAUAACAAGCUCACCAGUCUGCCUGUGGAAAUCUGCUCCAUGAAAAGUCUAAGACAGCUGGAUUGCACUUCAAAUCAGUUGGAAGAUGUACCUCCUGAACUAGCUGGAAUGGUGUCACUAGAGCAACUUUUUCUAAGACACAAUAAAUUAUGCCACCUACCUGAAUUUCCGUCAUGUAAAUUACUUAAGGAACUACAUGUUGGCAAUAAUAGGAUUGCGUCACUAGAAUCUAAGCACCUUAAACAUUUAAGUUCUCUCAGUUUACUGGAACUGAGAGAUAACAAGUUAACCACACUGCCUGAUGAAAUUACCUUACUCCAAGGCUUGGAACGACUUGACCUCUCUAACAACAGUCUUAGCAGUUUACCUGUUGCACUUGGAAAUCUACCAAAUCUCAAAUCCUUGACAUUGGAUGGAAACCCUCUUAGGACUAUUCGUCGAGAUCUACUGAAUAAAGGAACUCAAGAACUUCUUAAAUUUCUGAGAAGCAGAAUGCAAGACCAGACUAUCUGCAGCAGUGAAGAGGAGUCUACUCGUAAGACAGCAGUAAAUUCUGAGACUGCAAUGUGUCUUCCAAGUGAGUCAAAAAUCAAUUUGCGUGCAAUAAUGGAAUUGAAGGCUUUAGAAUACAGAAUUGUGGAACUAAAGAACACUGUAAAUGAUGUCAAUCUUGGCUUCAAUAAGCUCCAGAAUAUGUCUUUGGAACUCUGCAUGCUUCAGAAGUUAACGCAUUUGGAUCUGAGAAACAAUCUUUUGACAGCAUUACCUGCAGAGAUGGAAGCGCUUGUGCAGUUGAGAACAGUGACCUUAUCUUUUAACAGGUUUAAAACUUUUCCAGAUGUUCUUUAUCGGAUGUCAACAAUUGAAGUUAUCCUCAUUAGUAAUAAUCAAAUUAGAACUAUUGAUCCCUUCCAACUUAAGCUGUUGGACAAGCUGGCAACAUUAGACCUACAAAAUAAUGAUCUCAUGCAGAUCCCACCUGAACUAGGAAACUGCACAAGUCUCAAAGUCCUUACACUAGAUGGAAAUCCAUUUCGCAAUCCAAGAGCAGCCGUCAUUGCAAAGGGAACAUCAGCUGUGCUAGAAUACCUGAGGAGUCGAAUUCCUACUUAAUCAGCAAAUUUUUAUGUAAUCUUUUUUUUGUCAGAGUUCCUUUCUGUUUAAUUUAGUUGGUUGUCUCUCUAAAUGUCUAAAAAUCUGAGAAGGAACCUGACACAAGAUGAAAAUUUCUAUAAUCUUAGCAAAUCUCUCCCAGGAGAUAGAAGGCUUCCCAAAGAUUUUGCCACUUAAAGAUGAAAGCAAACUUUUGCACUUUGGUUUACUAAUUAUAACAUGAAUUUGCAUUGAACUCUUUAUGUGCCUGAUUUUUGAGGUGAUUGUUUCAACUAAUUAAAUUCAGCAUUUCCUUUUA